AUGGUUCACACAACCAAGUUAUGGGAGGUCCCGAAGCAAUUGACGUUCACACGCAAGCUCGAUCCGGACUUCAGAAUCCCAUCCCAGGAUAUCGCUGCCAAAAACGAGGACAACAUCAUUCAUAAGCCCAGAGUGUUGAUCAGCGGCAGUUUCUCGUGGUCGUUGCCUGAGGUCAGAAAGGAGUACAGGUACCUUACAUCCAACGACAAUGCGCUUGAGAGCUUAGGUUUGGACCCCGAACAGGUGGCAGAUCCAAGGUACCAGAAGGUGGUCAGUGGUGAGGUCUACGCAGAGUCAGACUUUGAAGACAAAGGAUACCCUUUUCCGUACGCUCAGGCAUACGCUGGAUGGCAGUUUGGCCAGUUUGCAGGCCAAUUGGGUGAUGGGCGAGUGGUCAACCUCUUUGAACUUGAAAAACCCACCAAUCAAGGUGUGAGAGUCCCUGCGUUGGCCAAUCGUAAUAAGUACGAAGUACAGUUGAAGGGAUCGGGAAUGACCCCUUUCUCCAGAUUUGCUGACGGGAAAGCUGUGCUCAGAUCUUCCAUCAGAGAAUAUAUUAUCUCAGAACACUUGAAUGCGAUAGGAAUACCCUCUACCCGUGCCUUGUCAUUGACUUAUCUCCCUCAGACCUAUGCCCAGAGACACGCUGCCGAAAAAUGUGCCAUCGUGUCCAGAUUUGCUGAGCUGUGGAUCAGAUUAGGCAGUUUCGACCUCUACAGGUGGAGAGGCGACAGAGAUGGUAUCCGCAAGUUGGCAGACUAUGUCAUUGACGAACUAUUCACUAUCGAUGGCAAGCAAUUCCAACACUGGAAAGAAAUCCUGGAAAAGAAGGACUUUUUGAAAGACUCUUCUGGUAUAAACGAAUUGACCAAGUACGACAAUUUCUACUAUGAGACGAUUGUCAGAAAUGCUACUACUACUGCGAUUUGGCAAUGUUAUGGAUUCUUGAAUGGUGUCUUGAAUACUGAUAAUACAUCCAUCCUUGGUCUUUCCUUGGAUUUCGGUCCAUUCUCUAUCAUGGAUAAAUACGAUCCAAAUUACACUCCGAAUUCUGAGGAUCACCAAUUGAGAUAUGGCUACAAAAACACACCCACUUCCAUUUGGUGGAAUUUGACUAGGCUUGGCGAGGACUUGGCCGAGUUAAUUGGCGGAGCUAGAUUACUCGAUGAUGAAGACUUCAUAAAGGGUAAUUUUAAAGAGGAAUGGGAAGAUGAAAUCAUCUCCAGGGCUACAACGGUAAUUGAAGUUGGUGGAGAAAUCUAUAAGUAUACAUUUACGAAGAAGUAUGUGGAAACUUUCUUCUCAAGGUUGGGACUUUCACAUAAGCUUAUUGAUGAAAGCGACCCCGACAAAGCCAAUAGUGAGUUAAUUGCACCAAUGCUCGAUAUGCUUUACAAGGUACAAUGUGACUUCAACAAAUUCUUUUUGGUCUUACAAGAAACCGAAAUCGAGGAUGAAUCGCGCUUUAACGCCACAGACAUAGCAGAGACUAUUCUACUUCCAGUAUUUAAUGAGGACGCCCCUUCCAGGUAUGACAAGAAUGAUUUAAUAGAGGAGAUUACAAGCUGGCUUGGGAUCUUCAGAAGAUAUGUGAAGGAGUCGAGAAAUAUUGAUCCAACUCACUCGAGAACUGAAAGCAAGUUAUAUAACCCAUUAUUUUUGCCUCGCAACUGGAUUCUUGACCAAGUUAUCAAGCAUACCGAAGACAGUGCAGGCCAAGACUUGACAUACUUGAAGAAGUUGGAAAAAAUGAGCUCCAACCCGUACGACAGAAGUAAAUGGGGAACUGAUUUGAAGGAGUUAGAAGAUAGAUGGAUUUUGCAAGGUGAUAUGGGUGAAGAUUACGCUAUGUUGCAAUGCAGCUGCUCAAGUUAG